GUUAAAGAACCUGGCAAUAAGAAAUGUCUCGUUGCAAGAAGUUCCGUAGUUUGGUUCAUGACAUUGAUUGCGAAAAAAAAUGUUGCGAAAAUAAACCGAGAAUCGACCGCUGCGAAGACAUGCUAAAAUCGUAUGAAAUUCUAACAAACCCGGAGUCUAUGGCCAACCAAGAAAAUCCUUUAAGCCACGCUUUCAAACUGACGCGUGAAAUUGGGAACCAGAAGAAGAUAAAUUUACAAGUGAAGAGCGAAUUGGAAGCUUUUUACAGAAAGUCAAGAAAAUUCACAGUCGACUUGUUAGACGUUUGUGAGAAUAACCAAGAAGUUACCGUUCUUUUAAAUUUUGAUGAGGACGAUCUCAGUGAGAAGAAGAAGAUUAAAAUACUGAUGGAGGCAGUAGUUGCUAAACAUAAAGAGGUAAUUCGGACUGGAUCUUUUUUACCAAGUAUAAUUUAAUGUGCAAAUUAUUAAGAUCAGUACAAAAAGUCUGUAACCCUAGCUGAGCAGCAUGUAAUUCUAAGCAUGCAACUAUGUCUUUCCUUAACCCACCAUUGCAAAUCAUUAUACACGUCGAUGGGGAGAGAGUCUUAGAGGCUGUUUAUAUGGCCCGUGCCAGUUCGAGUACCCGAGCUGGCCCGGUUUAUAAUUAUGCGAGAUAUACCGCGUUUGUUAUUAUUUCCCACUAAAUGUCAUUCUGCGGUUAUAUGGGAAUCGAGCAGGCGCACCUAAGCGAGAUCCCGCCUCCACUAAGCCGAGAUCUAGGGCGACCGGGCUGGGAAUUUCCCAUCAAAGACCCGUUCUGUCCCGCCUAUAAGCAGACUGUGAGUUAUUGGUAUGUUCAUGCGAUAUAUUGUCGUAAAUAAGAAUUUCUCAACCGAUAUUGUUCCUAAGAGUUUUCAGUGAAUGAUUCUAUGCGAAUUAAUAUACGUGAAAGUUGCUCGCGAAAGUGCGAACAUCAGGUUCUUUUAUAUUAUACUAUUUAUGGCUGUGAGACCAGUGGUUUGUUUGACGAGGCCGCCCACCUCAAUAGUCUCACGUAAACGAGAAAUAAAAUCAGCUCGUCAAAACUAGCUAGCUCGGCUACUCGGGGGGUGGCUCGCCUCCAUAUAAACACCCCCAUAUUCGCAUCAUAUUCCCUUGGUGUUUCUUUAAUUAAGGUUAAAUUCGAUACAGUAAUCCUCACAAAAUUCUUAUGGGACAAUCGCGAAUACUGAACUAUAUUAACAAAUUUAACGAGCGAAUUUCCACCGGAAUCACGGCAUCUUGCUCACGACAUCUCGUGCCAUUGUCUGUGUUGUAUGGCGUGUUGCAUAUCCGUGCGAAGUCAUUAAUUUAAAAAUUCAAUUUCGAAAACUGACAAGGGGAAUAUCUCUUUAUAUUGCUUAUUAUUAAUUAUUCUAUGUUUUAAUUGAAACGAUGCACGAAAAAAUAGUUUAUGAAAAGGUUUAUGAAUAUUUAUAUAUAAAUAUAUAUAUAUAUAUAUAUAUAUAUAUAUAUAUAUAUAUAUAUAUAUAUAUAUAUAUAUAUAUAUACUUUCAAUUUUAUAUAGUUUAUUGCACAUCGCCACGUUCAACAGUUAUUACACACAAUCGAACAUCCAUCUUGGCCAUGGUCAAUCAUAGAAUUCCUUCCUGGUAUUUUAAAAUACAUCCUCUACACCCUAACGUUCCCAAUCUGGGCAUUUGUGUUUAUAUUUUGGAGAGAUUGUGACAUUUUAUGGUUACAGAAGAUGUCACAUUUUAUGGCUACACCCUUUGGCAAGUUUGUGAGCCAUACUUCUCACUAUUGUGCUUUUGUCGUUCUUCUGUUUAUCUCUUCAGCAAGGGAAUAUCAUGAGCCGAGUGUAAUUGGUUAGUAUAAAAUUACGACAUACAUAUACAUACCUACCUUGAACCCAAGUUAACUUAUGCCAAAUCAUUCAUAAGAUGAUAUGUAUCAAUUCAUCUAGAUAUAUAAACAUUGAUCAAACAUUCAUUCUUUCGAUUUUUCAUGAAUUAUGAAUGGUUUAAUUUAAAAGCAAUUAUACAUAUCAAUCUCUCCCGUAUUAUAUUGACGAGGUAAUUCCUCACUAUAUAUUGUGUGGAAUGUUUUAUGUUUUAUGAUAGAUUUAAUGUAUGAUUCAAAUGUUCAUGCCAGAUUAAAUAACCAAUAUACCAUGACCAUGUUAGUCCAACUAUUAUAUAUCACUUAUCAAAGUAAUCAACAGUUUGCACUAGGUGGCGAUCCCCAUAUUGUGACUUGUGAUUCUAAAAAUUAGAAUGCCUACUUAUGUACUCCUAACUGAUGAUUUGCGACCCUGUCAUCAAAAUUUCGUUUAAUAUUUUUCAACGGCUAGUCUCCAUAAUUUGGACAAGUUGGUAUUGCCACUUUAAGCGAUUCUACUCUAUAGGCUAACGCAAUCGGUUGGUGAAUUUGAUGAGUCACAAAUAACAAUGGAUUUACACGAUGCGUUAUUUAUUGAGUCCAGUAUAGGAACUGGAAACAUCUAACUAGAAAUACAUGCAUGCAACGACUCCUCGCUUAUAUUUUCCAAACAUUGUUUCAACAUGAAGUAUUCGUAAUUUUGCCAACACUGAACGCAGGCUCGCGUUGCACGUCAUAUUUGUCAUGGCAACACGAUAAGUGUUUUUUAAACUUUUUGUACAAACCUGCAAAAAAUAGAUGAAACUUGAGCACUUUUAAAUACAGAACUACCAAUUUCUAAAAUAUAUAAAGUAUAGGUAUGUUAUUUUGAUUUCUAUAUGGGCUUUAUUUCAUUGUAAAAUUCAAAACGAUACUCACGUAAAGCGUUUUUAAAUGUGAAUUGAAAUUAACUGCUUUUUGCCGAUAUUUAUAAGUAACUCAUUUACUCCUCAACUCGAGCUUCAACUUAUUACUCGCACUAUGAAAUGAAAUAAAUUUAAUUCGUACAGGACGCUUAUGAAUAUAAUUUGCUUUUCCUUUUUAUCAUGAACUUCUACAAAAGUUAAUUUAACUAAGAAACUUUCGCAUACGAUGCAUACAAUGCAUAUAAGAAAGACUUGAACAACGAGAAGUCUAUAUUAAUAAAGUCUAUAUAUUAAUACAAUUAAGUCGCACAUAAACAAUUGAAACAAACUUGCCGUAUACUUUAGCAUUUCUCAUAGCCUACUGAAUCAAUUCUUAUAAAUGUUUACGUUUAAAAAAAGGAAAACAAUUUUAAAAUUUGUUAUGUGAAACGAUUUUCCAGGCUUUCUUUACAUGUAUUUUUAUCCUGGCAAACAGCCAUAUUUGAGAUCAGUGAGAUGACCACCCACCGAAACACCGUUGGUGACCCACGCCCGUGAUCAUUGCAUGAUGAACUUUAGACUUCGCUAAAGCUUUCGUUUCCGCGUGUGUAAAUAGCCGGGCGGAAUUAGUACCCUCGUCCCUGGCUUACGCCCGGAACGGCGCCCCGCGACGUUGGCUCGGGGAUAAAGGUAACGUGCAUGUUAAUACUAUACAAAAUCUAGCAGGGGAAUUUGUCAUAGUAUUCAGAAUAUUUUUUGUUUACAGAAUAUUUGCUCUCUGCAAUCGUUUGGUCAAUGUGUAUACAACAAUUUCUUAUAUUCUGGAAGGAAACGUGCUGCUGGCGGUGUUGCUGUUAUUUUCAUAGCCGGUGGAAUCAGGUUUUAACAGUAAUGUUGAUCGGCUUCGUGAUUUCUGAUUUGCUCUGGUUGAUUGGUUCAACAGCAGUUGGAGGAUGGCCGGUUGAUAAAUUAGAAUCAGCCUCGGAUAUGGCAGGACACAGAAUUCUACUUCUGGCUAACAGCUUUUUCUCAAUCUCCACGGUUAUGAGCGUUUUUUAUUUGGGUAAUUUCUGGAGAGUAAACUCCAAGUCUGGACCGUUGCAGCUUUCGACAUUACGGAUGUUCAAAGACAUUCGAAAAUUUUUAAUGAUAUUUCUAGGAGUUUUUCUUGCAUUUUCACUCGGUGUGCGGAAUAUUUACUCAUACAGAAAUAAAUUGGAAGCCAUUUACGGCAACGGUACAGCACAAAGUGUGGAAGACGAGCUUAGCACGUAUGUAUCAGUUUGGAAAUAGUAUUGAGCACAUAAAUGUCAUUUCUGGAUGUUUAGUUAGGUCCUUAUCUUUUUCGCACUAAGACUUUCCUUACAAGUGCUUCACUGAUUAAACAAUACAUUUUCCAUAAAAUAUAUCAAGAUAUGAUAGUCUGGAAACUCAAAAGAAGUAAUUGUGUUAUAAUUUUGUCUUAGUUUAUAUUAAUUUGACAUGGUCACGAUGAUUGAACUCACUGUGUUUUCGUUUGAUAAAGUGCUCGUCCAAUAGGGAUAUCUGAGAUGAAACGUAAAAACACGAGGAACAUUUAUUAAUAAAGUGAAUUACGAAGACAAAGUAUUUGAGCACUGUGAGAUACAGUUCAACGUCAAACAAAGCGCCUCAUUUUGUGGGUUUGAAAUUUAAUUGCCGGACUUCCGGAUGAUAUGCCUAUUCGUAGCAUAAGUGCAUAACUCAAACAGAAUAGCAUCUGUUUGUCAAUUGUGAAGUAAAAUUUAUUUGAGAAACCAUAAAGCCAGUCCUUCCAAUUAGUUUAGUCCUUGCUUAUCUAAUUACAACCUAAUGUCAUUCUCCUUUAAGGCUACUGAACUGAUUACUGAUUGCGCCGAUCGGGUAUCCGAUAAAUUUACAUAUUACAUAAAAGGCGUCCAUGUGUAUUGGAUUGACAUCAAUAAUUAAACUUUGAUAAAUCUCAUGCAAAAUUUCAAAUAUAAAUAUUAAGAAAAUUAGACCACUAUAGUCCAUUUUAUAUCUCUACAGUCCUUCUCCGUCUAAUUAAACCUCUUACUCAAUAUAUUGGCUGGACAAUGCUAAUAGAAGCUAGUGCUAUUUCUUUGAGCCAAGCUUUACAACCAGUAAUAAUUUCACGGAGAUAAUGCCACAUGCAUGGCAUGGCAAGGCGGUCAUGAAUUGACGUUCUUAUCAUGAAAUUUCAUAAGAAGUUUAAUUGAAGAAAAAAUUUCCCAAAAACAGAGAUUGGGAGUCGCAUUACCAAUUAAAGCGUAAAAUUAUCGUGAUGUUUCAUUCUAUGAAAUUAUAUUAUUAUUUCUAUAUUAAUUUAAGGUUUUCACAGUCUUGGCAGGUUAUGUUUUGGGCAUUAUUUGAUCAAACCAACGUCGAAAAAUUUGAAACCACCCAUCCAAGGUUCAACAUCACAAGUAACACUGGAAAGUUAAUGUUUGCAAUAUACUUGAUCAUUGUUGUGCUAGUCGGAGUGAAUAUGCUCAUCGCCAUGAUGAAUAACUCAUACGAAUACGUUGCG